UAUCUAUAAAUAAAAAGUUUUGCAUAAAAUUUGCAGUCGUGGAUACCGUCAGUGAAUUCCAGGAGUCACCUGAACGACCAUCGCCUCCUGCAACUCCACCAUAUCACCGGCUAACAAAAGCUUUGCAGUCUGAUCCAAGAUGUGGACACGAGGUGGCGCUGGGGAGGCGUGUCGGUUUGUACAGAUUUUGCGGCGAUAUCGGGCGUGGAAACUUUUCAAAAGUAAAAUUGGCAGUGCAUCAGUUGACGCGAGACAAAGUUGCCGUCAAAGUAGUUGACAGAGGUGGACUCGAUGCUAGAGCCCUUCGUAUGUUGUCCAGAGAAAUUGCCACCCUCGAGUGUGUUCAUCAUCCCAAUAUAUUGAGGCUCUUUGAGGUUGUGGAAACUCUUGGUCGCGUCUAUCUUGUAACUGAAUGGGUGCGAGGAGGUGAACUAUACAAUCACAUAACACAAAAUGGACCACUUAGAGAGCAUCAUGCUUCACCAUUAUACAAGCAAUUGCUCUUAGCUGUUAAGCAUAUGCACAGCUUGGGUUUUGUUCAUCGCGAUAUAAAGGCUGAAAAUGUUUUGCUUGUUUCUGAAAAUCGCCUUAAAUUGGCUGAUUUUGGAUUCAGUACAGAACUGAUAAAUGGUGCCAACCAGAAACUUGAUACAUUUUGUGGGUCCCCUCCUUAUGCAGCUCCGGAAUUAUUUUCUGAUGAUCAUUACAUAGGAGCACCAGUAGAUGUUUGGGCACUUGGUGUCCUUCUGUACUUUAUGGUUGUCGGAAAUAUGCCAUUUCGAGCACCAACAGUUCCGGCUCUACGGACAGCUGUAUUAAAAGGAGACUAUGUUCUUCUGGGACAUAUCAGUCUACCAUGUAUUAGACUUAUUCAACGAAUUCUAGUCCACAUCCCAUUAGGCAGACCAACUCUAGAUGAAAUACUCGGAAGUCAGUGGGUUAUGAGUCCCCAUCUUAGUACAGAGUUAAUGCAACACGAAAUCAAUCUCCGAACAAAGCCAACCAAACGUUCGGCAUUUUGGUUUCGAACCAAAUCUCGACGGAUACGUAAGAGCUAUUCCUUGCGUGAACGUUACAUGGAAGUUACAAAUAAGCCUCCGCUGAAUUUGAAUACCAAAAAGACCGAAGGAAUUUUCGUUGACAAUUUUCUACAUCCAAUUGAGGUUAACUACGAUGCCAGUUUAGCUGAAUGUUCGCAAACCAGCCUUCCCCACAAAUCCUUUUUUGGCAGUUCGAUUAUGAAGAAAAAAAUAAGCCCCUUGGACACGACCAGAGAAAAGACAAUAAUGAACGGAAACGGGUCGAAAUGUUGUGAACAUCGUCGUUGGAAUGCCGAGGCAGCUUCAGAAUCUCCACUUUUCAAAAAUUACGAUGAAGAAAAGGGCGCGUUUAUAAUGUUGCCAACUCCGAUUGAUGAUCUUACUACAUUGAGUCCACUUGAAGCCGAAGCCAGGAAGAUAUUGGAUGAACUUGGAGUGACUUCGGAAAUGUUAAGAAACGCCAGUGAAAAUGGUCCGAGAAGUGAUAUCAUUGGAGCUUAUAGAAUUGUCAUUAAUCGCCUUCAAAAGCAAUCUUGGUUGGCUAAACGUCAUGUCGAAAUAGCAUUGCAAGAGCAACCAAAAAUUCUUAAGCAGAAUCGAACAUGUACCAUUCUUUAAGUUGGUACAUCGCUUUAAGUUAACUUUUGGUUUAUGUGAUGUUGAUGGGAUGGGAAUCGUUAAGCUAAUUUGUCUGCUUAAAAACUGACAAAUGAUGUAUUAUUAAUUUACUUUUUUUUUAAUCGAAGCGUAAUUCAAUACCAAAGCAAAUCAUAAUGCUGUAAACACAUUUCAUAGUUAAGUUUAAAAGUUUCAACAAUCAAAAGCAAAUAAACUCUAGUGUCAAAAGUUUAUGAGAAUGAAAAAAUAUGAAAUUCCGUUGUUGACGCCAUUUAAUGGAGUUCAUGGAUUAGUAGUCUUCCAUUUAUGGGAUGAGUUUGAUUUAAUAUCGUAAUAAAUAAAUUUUUACACUAGAGUUUGACUUGUUUGAAAGUUCUUUUAAAGAAUGCAGAUCUGUUGAAGCUUACAUUUAAUGUCUCCCAUGGAGACAUGUUUUAAGGAAAACAAAUUAAAUUAUAAUAAAUAAUUAGAUGUAGAAAAUUUUGUAUUUUUAUAAAAGUACGCAAUGUUAUAAAAAAUUUGUUAUAUGAUUCAAACAUAAAAUGUGUAAGUUUGUUAUUUGUAAUUUAUUGUUAAUUUAUUAAAAAAUUAUGUUCUUUUA